AUGACGUCCGGACGUCAUAUUUCACAGUUGAAUUCGUUGAAAGAUGAACUUCCCGUGCUUGCUUACUGGAACUACACAUCGGCACCAAUUUCGGGGGAACAAAUGACUGUCUUUAUUGCAAAGAUGGAAGAAAAGAUAUCAAGAAGCAUGCAAGUGUCCUUAAUGUGUGACGUUCGAUGCACGGACACCUCAGUGAUCAACGUUGUGGAGCAAGAAUAUCCGAACUUUACAAUUUACCAUGCUUCGCCGUCGAAGAUCGUCGAUCGAAUUUGCACGGAGAUGAAGCGACACACCUCACUGUUCGAAAAGCCUGGCCUCGUUGUGCUGAUCUCAGAUUCUGGAAACUACACAUCUACACUGAGUUCGUUGUCAACAAUUGGAUGGAGAACCUUGAUUAUUUGUCCAAACACUUUGGACUACACGUUCUUGGAUUCGGCCAAGGAGUGCCUCCAAAUGGAUGAAAUUGUCGAUUUUUCCAUUGCACCAAAUCCGUACGAGGCUCGCUGCUUUCUUUUGCAGAUUCCAUCCAUUCCUCAGGAUAAGUUUAAUAGCUUGUUGUCAAAGGACCAGCAAUGUGUCUACUUUAACUCGCGUUCCGGUGAAGCGGUCAUUGUGAUUGAGGCGGAGAAUCAGGAUUAUAUGCAGAAAAGGUUGGAAUCGUUGAUCGAACGCGUUUGUGCUACAACGGGCCUUUGUCCAGCUGAUAUUCUUCCGUUUCCACCAAAUUCCUUCAAAUGCGUCGUUGGUUUGACCCCUUCAAAAGAUGUUGUUCAACUGGUGAUCUUUGAUGACAAUGCUCAACACUUAUCCGGAGAUCCGCAGCUGAUGACGAGUCUUUCUCAUUAUUCAAACGGAAUAACUCACAAUAAGAGUAUUCAGUUUACUCCAACUUACGGACCAGAGCCCGCACCUCAGUGCAUGCAGAAAUCUUCAACUCGUGAGCCUGCGCACGAUGCACAAAAGGCUAAGCAAUCAUUGAUGAAUCCGAGCGAUUUGGUACAAGGCUUGACUCAUCUUGAUGAUUCUCCACCACCCGAACCACAACAAUCGGCAACGAUGGUGUGCUCUUCGAAGACUAUGGAUCCUUUUGCCAUUGGGGCUACACGAUUGAGAGAACGAGACCAUGUCCAACAACAACUGCAACAAUCAAACUGCAAACUGCCGAAGAGUGAAAGCUUUGGAGGAUUCAACGCCGAUGAAAAGAUUUGCCCCGGGAUGAAUCAAGUUGCUUUAAGCAAAGGAGGCUUUUGCAAAUCGGAAAACAAACAAGAAGGCGCCAAUAGAUGGAUGAAUUCAUUUGGAGGAAAUCCUUGGAAACAGGCAGAGGAGAAUUUCAUUCGUCGCACUCAACCUCCUUCUCUGCAACACAAUUACCCGCAACAAUGCCAAGAGUUAAACUCCAAUGUUACUCCUAAUGGCACCUAUUGCGAGACUGGCAUUCAAGAAAGCGUCACUGGCAAAGAUAUGGGAUGUGAUCGAGAGAAUCAGAACAAUUCGGAUUAUUACUUCGCCUUCGGCAACAAACAAAAUGGGCAGCGGAAACAGCAAGAACGAUUCCGAAAGCCGGCGCCUCAAUGUGUUUUCUGGGAAAAUCGCCGUCAUCGGCAAGAAACAGGAUGUACACUCUGGCAUCCUCGCGAGAGUUGCCGCUUCUAUCCAACUUGUGCUCACCAGGCACGCGAUUGUGGCUUUGCUCAUCCAUUUUGUGGUCCACGAUGCGAAUGUUUGCCUACAAAGCGAAACCCACAAAUGAAUCAUUGGACCGAGCAUCUGGAGAAAAACUUUGGAACCUUGCCAGCCACUCUU